AUGGCUUCCCUGGCCCGAAAUACCGUGCUGCUCCUUGUCCUGGUCGGCGUCGUUCUGCAGCUGAGCUCCAUCAUGCCGGCCGCGGUGGCUGGCAGGAUGCUUGCAGAGGACGUAUUGAAGUGUGAAGGCGGGUUGGUAUUCAAGAGAGAUCCCUCCAUUAGCGGCGGCGGCAUGUGCGUCGUAGCCGACAUACUCAAGUGCGGCGGCGGGUUGGUAUUCAAGGAAGAUCCCUCCAUUAGCGGCGGCGGCGAGUGCGUCGUAGCCAACAUACUCAAGUGCGGCGGCGGGUUGGUAUUCAAGGAAGAUCCCUCCGUUAGCGGCGGCGGCGAGUGCGUCGUAGCCAACGUACUCAAGUGCGGCGCCGGGUUCGAAUUCAAGGAAGAUCCAUCCAUUAGCGGCGGUGGCGGGUGCGUCGUAGCCGCCGUAGUCAACUGCGGCGCCGGUUUCGAAUUCAAGAAAGAUCCCUCCAUGAGCGGCGGCGGCGGAUGCGUCGUAGCCGCCUUACUCAAGUGCGGCGCUGGGUUCGAAUUCAAGGAAGAUCCCUCCAUUCGCGGCGGCGGCGAGUGCGUUGUAACCAACGUAGUCAAGUGCGACGCCGGGUUCGAAUUCAAGAAAGACAACCCCCCUACCGGCGGCGGCAAGUGCGUAGCGGUCGGCACCACUAUCAGGACCUGA